CCGCUACGAGCCGCUGCCGCCCGCGCUGCCGGCCGCCGGCGAGCAGGACUGCUGCGGAGAGCGCGUGGUGAUCAACAUCUCCGGGCUGCGCUUCGAGACUCAGCUCAAGACCCUGUGCCAGUUCCCGGAGACGCUGCUGGGCGACCCCAAGCGGCGCAUGAGGUACUUCGACCCGCUCCGCAAUGAGUACUUCUUCGACCGCAACCGACCCAGCUUCGACGCCAUCCUCUACUACUAUCAGUCCGGGGGCCGCAUCCGCCGCCCGGUCAACGUGCCCAUCGACAUCUUCUCCGAGGAGAUCCGCUUCUACCAGCUGGGCGAGGAGGCUAUGGAGAAAUUCCGCGAGGACGAAGGCUUCCUGCGGGAGGAGGAGCGGCCCUUGCCCCGGCGCGACUUCCAGCGCCAGGUGUGGCUGCUCUUCGAGUACCCGGAGAGCUCUGGGCCGGCCCGGGGCAUCGCCAUCGUAUCCGUGCUCGUCAUCCUCAUCUCCAUUGUCAUCUUCUGCUUGGAGACGCUGCCCGAGUUCCGCGACGAGAAGGACUACCCCGCCUCGCCGUCGCAGGACCUUUUCGAGGCGGCCAACAACGGUACGUCGGGCACCCCCGCGGGAGCCUCCAGCUUCUCGGAUCCCUUCUUCGUGGUGGAGACCCUGUGCAUUAUCUGGUUCUCCUUUGAGCUUCUGGUGCGAUUCUUUGCUUGCCCCAGUAAAGCCACCUUCUCUCGAAAUAUCAUGAACCUGAUAGACAUAGUGGCCAUCAUCCCUUAUUUCAUCACUCUGGGCACCGAGCUGGCUGAGCGACAGGGCAAUGGACAACAGGCCAUGUCCCUGGCCAUCCUGAGGGUCAUCCGCCUCGUGAGGGUCUUCCGCAUCUUCAAGCUCUCCCGCCACUCCAAGGGGUUACAGAUCCUGGGGCAGACGCUGAAGGCUUCCAUGCGAGAGCUGGGGUUGCUUAUCUUCUUCCUCUUUAUCGGGGUCAUCCUUUUUUCCAGUGCAGUCUACUUUGCCGAGGCAGACGACCCCACUUCGGGUUUUAGCAGUAUCCCGGAUGCCUUCUGGUGGGCAGUGGUAACCAUGACAACAGUAGGUUAUGGUGAUAUGCACCCAGUGACCAUAGGGGGCAAGAUUGUGGGAUCACUCUGUGCCAUCGCUGGUGUCUUGACCAUUGCUUUGCCAGUUCCUGUGAUUGUUUCCAACUUCAAUUAUUUCUACCACCGCGAGACAGAAGGUGAAGAGCAAGCCCAGUACAUGCACGUGGGGAGUUGCCAGCACCUCUCAUCUUCAGCCGAGGAGCUCCGAAAAACAAGGAGUAACUCCACUCUGAGUAAGUCGGAGUAUAUGGUGAUCGAAGAGGGGAGUAUGAACCACAGCACCUUCCCGCAGACCCCUUUCAAGACGGGUAAUUCCACUGCCACCUGCACCACGAACAAUAACCCUAACUCCUGUGUCAACAUCAAGAAGAUAUUCACCGAUGUUUAAUAUAUGAUACAAGUGACAUACUGUGCUCAGUAUUGUGUGACAUGUGCCCCCUUGGUCUGUGUAUGCCCUUGUUUUAUACAUUUCCAGACCAUUCCUCAAGGCAAGAACACUAGGAAGUGGAAAACGCACUUCAUUCUCCCUUUCCCUACUGCUUCAUACUGAAACAGGUGUCUGUUUUGCAAGUGGGCUGCAUUCUCUCAGCUCUCCUUUUUUUUUUCCUCCCCCCCUUUUAUCUCCUGCUCUCUUAAUGUUGCCAACAACAAACUGUUAUUUGGAACUUGAUUUCUAGUACACGCCCUUAUAAAAAACAUAGUACAUCCUGGGGGGGAAAUGAAACUAAAGAACAGUUAGAGUAACAGUUUAACCUCAGAAGGUGGGUUUUCUUUACUGAGUAAAGCAGACAGGUACUCAAAUGAUGCUUCAAUUGGGUGGACCCACUAACAUUAUUUAUUGAAUAUUUAGCUUAUUGCUUACCAUGUGGAUAUGUAGAUGGAAAGUCUAAUUAGAAUGAUGACUUGUAAACUCACCAUAAGUUUAUUUGGUUUUUGACUGGAAUUUCUAUUUGAGCCUUCCUCCUCCCAGAAUUUUAAGGGUUUCUACAACUUUGAACAAAGGGAAAUGCCCAAGAUGUCCUGAUCUGA